AUGACGGGUGCUGUCACCCACAAAGAAACAGAUGCGGCGGUGACAGAUGGAGGCCUUUUAUGUCAGAAAUCACACUGCGAAUCUUUGACAGCAGCUACCAGUGUCACCGUAAAAAAAGACGCAUCGGCACAAGUCCCAACUGCUUUACCUACCAAAGUGCCAACCGUCGCCAGCCUAACAACAAUCCGAGCUGUAGUAGCGCCGGCUACUGACAAAGUACAAACUGUGGCCCCGACAAAUGGCGACGCAGUGAAGGUCACGCAAGCCACGACCGGUUUGCCGUCGGUCACCAUUCCUCCUGUUGUAACAGCACCAACUGCUAAGAUAACGCCGGCACCCACGCAACAGCACCAGCCUCAAACAAACAGCCCUCGGAAUGUCCUUGUCUCUACUGCGCCACCCACUGUUAAGAUUAUUACCCUUGCAGCUGUAGCCACGACGGGACCAUCCAAAACCACACUUGUAGUUCCGACAACGGGUAGUGCAAAAGAAUCGACGCCAAGCAAGACCACCGAUGCCACGGUCACGCUGACGGCCAAAGCGUCCAGAGGUGCCACCACGGUGAUCCAAAAAUCUGCCGCGCAGACCACCAACGUUGCCCUCAAGACGACUGAACAGCACAUCGCCACAGUGCAAACCUCAGCGACAAUCACCCAACAGAUGGUGACCGCAGGGACCACGAAACUGACUGGGAGCGAAAAGAUCACCACAGGGUUGUCCGUUCUGGCAUCACUUUCCCCCUCAACUAUUGCGACCACCACUGCAACCCCUACUGUUUCAUCGUCACAAACCACUAUGAAAAUCACAAUUACCGAAUCUUAUCCCAAAAAAUUCUCGUACUCGCUGAACAACGGACAAGAGAAGGAGGAAGAGAAAGACCUAGCGGAGGUGUGCAGGCGCCUCAUGGGCAACCUAAAAGAUGGAAACUGCACGCUGACAUGGCGCCAUCAUAAAGGCAAACUGAUUUUUGACUGUGUGGAAAUAAAUGGCAAAGUGAAAACAGCCCUGGCAACUCAGUAUUAUGAGGAAAUAACAAAGAAACCGACAGAUAACAAAACCCUCAUUGCUAUCUUGGCCUCGUGUGGAGCUUUGCUGAUUAUGAUCAUCAUCCUGGCCGUGUGCGCAUCACACCAUCGCAAGCCUUACAGCGAGAACCAGCAACACUUGACCGAGGAGCUCCACACAGUGGAGAACGGGUACCACGACAACCCCACGCUGGAGGUGAUGGAGGUGCAGCCGGAGAUGCAGGAGAAGAAGCUGGCCCUCAACGGCGAGUUCAACGACGGCUGGAUCGUGCCCAUCGACAACCUGCUCAAGGACGACAUCCCUGACGAGGAGGACACGCACCUGUAG